UUAGUGAACAGUCUGUCUAUUAGGUUUUACAUCAACUGGAGCAUGGUCCUGUUUCGCUCUGUUUCAGUGUUUCAAUGACAAAUAUUCUAAAACUUUCCAGACGACAGGGUUUGAAGUAUCGUUCUAACUUUACUCGUUCAGCACACAUUUUUAUUUCGUACAUUUUUGCCGCCUCCAAACCCCCGCCUCCAGGAGUAUUGAUCUCCGCCCAGCAGAACCUCUCUCCGGGAGAGAGUGCGCCGCCCGGCCAAGAUGCUACCACUUGGCCCAGAAGAAAUCUGAAUGGAACUCCAUCUUAUUCCACUAACAUGAUAUGAGUAGGAGGCGGAGGGGCAAGGCCUUGAGAAAGUGAUGGGGAGCCCUUCGUCAAAAUUCAAAAAGUACAUACAAAACGGAGAUGAGUUCGCCGCCAUGCAGGUACACUUCACUUAUCCCAGUGUACAGACGUUUGUGUCAACUAUCUUUCAAUACGUUAAAUAGGAAAAGCCAAAUAGUAAAUUUAUAGGUGUACGAAAUAGGAACAAUUAAACAAAAGCCAUAAUGUUGCCUAUGUUAUCUUUGCUCAUCGAAGAUCCAUAUGAAUAUAAAGAAUGAUCAUCAUAUAGAGUACGAUUGCAAUCUCUUAGCCAAAAUGAUAUACCAAGGUAGCCCUGAUGUGAGAAAAAACUUCGAUCCGAACUUGAGUUUUGGCGAAGCGCAGAAUCACAACACAGCCCUCCAUUAUGCAGCGCGCCACGGUAUGAAGCACCUACUGAGGAUGUUCCUGAACGAUUCUGGUGGCAAUCCGAACAAACGGAACGGUUCGAAUGAGACUGUGCUCCAUUCUUGUUGUGCACUGGGACAGCACAAGUCCUACUCAGCACACGAGCGUAAGUCCACGUGCGUCAGCAUCGUGCUCCAGUGGCGUGGUGUCAUACUAGAAACCGGUGAGAAAGAGAGGAUCGAGCUAGAUUCAAAAGAUGUGGAAGGAAACACAGCUUUACACCAUGCUGCUUUGAACGGCCUGACGCGUUGUGCACAGCUUCUGAUAGCUGCGGGUGCCAGCGUUUUUGCUGAAAACGAUGCCCGUAUGACUGCUUGCGAUUUGGCGACCGCACAGCGCCAUCACAACUUGGCUCGGAUCCUCGAGGCAAAGAUGGUCUUUACGGAAACUUCGGACGUCGUGAACGAAGCGGAAAUCUCUUCGAACUCUUCGCUCGUUUGGUCGGAACAGAUCUACUCAGGUUUGAGGCCGGAAGAUCUCCGUGAAGUGAAAGACGAGUUGCUUCUCGAUACAUCCGAUAUGUUGAACGUAUCGCUCUCUACGGCCCAAGCGCUCCUCCGUGAAAAUGAGUGGUCCAGAGAGACUCUUCUCGAAAAAUGGAUAGCAGACCCGGCACAGUGCUGCCUAAACGCCGGCGUACCGAUCCCCCUGACAGCGCUCCGAGACUUCUCUAGGGAACCACUAGACGAUUUUGAAAAUUUCAAGUUUGAAGAAAGCAAAGAUUUUACAUGUGGUAUAUGUUUCUGCACUUACGAACACGGAAAAUGUCUCGAAUGCGGACACGAGUUUUGCCCGGAAUGCUGGGAAAUCUAUCUCACGGGGAAAGUAGCGCAAGGAGAGGUGUCGCGCAUCCUUUGUCCAGCGGCGGACUGCACUAUCCAAGUCACCCCUGAGUUUCUACACGAAACGGUUGCAAAAGCCGUUUCCGAUAACUACAUGCAAUUCGACAUCGAGGAUUUCGUGGAGCAAAAUAAAAAUAUAAAAUGGUGCCCUUUCGUGAGCUGUGGCCGGGCGGUGCGUUUUUCCCAAUCGGACGGUAGCUUUUCACACUGUGUCGAUUGCGGAGCUGGUCAUUUUUUCUGUUGGGAAUGCCUUGGAGAGGCGCACGCGCCGAGCAGCUGCGAAGAAUGGAAAAAAUGGCUAUCGCAAAUAGCAAAGGUGAAGCCCGAAGAACUCGAGACAGUGUCAAACCGUUCCCAAGAGGUGGCCAACUCCCUAUGGCUCUGUACCAACUCCAAGCCAUGCCCCAACUGCGGCUCCCACAUCCAGAAAGGUGACGGUUGCAACCACAUCCGAUGUUUCAAAUGCAAGCACGAUUUCUGCUGGGUUUGUCUCGAGUCGUGGAAGAAGCAUAGCUCUUCUACGGGUGGUUACUUCCGCUGCAACCGGGUCGACGCGGUCAAAAGGGCUGAAGAAAAACAGGCGAGUGUAGUCACGGAGGCGAUACGGAAUUCGAGGGAGUCCGGAGAACUCUCUAGAUUCCUCGCCUAUUACUCUAAGUUCAGGAAGCACGAAAUAAGCAGGAAGAUGGAAGAGCCCCUGCUCAGAAACGUGAAACAAAAGAUGCAAGCUCUCGCUGGGGCCAAAAAAGACAUACAUUUCUUUUUAGAAAGCACCAACUGUGCUGUGUUUAUCGAGGAUGGUGUUAAAGAACUGCUCAAGGCUCGAAGGAUCCUCUGUGGUUCCUAUGUUCACGGAUACUUUUUAGAAGAAGGAUCAUCAAAAACCGUUUAUGAUCUCAUGCAGUCGGACUUCGAGGAAGCCACGGAACGUCUUUCCGAAAUACUAGCCCGCCCCUAUCUUAAGACACCAAAGUCGGUGAUAGUUAAAACAACGUGUAUAACAAAGAAACGACGGCUAGAGUUCUGUCGAUCAGCUGCAAUAGAUUCUUCGGAUGACCAGGAAGAAAAAACUGAAAAGAAAAUGUUUGAUGAAGAAAAAGUUCCGCAAGCGACUUGCAACUCGGAAAAUUUCACUGGUUAUCUUCCAGUUACCGGUGAUGAUUCCAUGGAACUUGUCAUCGCCCUGGAAAUGUCUCGCCUGCAGAUGAUCGAAGAAGAAAUGCUAAGGCUGAAAGGUGUCGGAGCAGUGGAUCUUAGGGCGGCGGCAGUCAACAUCUCAGAACAAGUCGACCCAGAGCUUAAUUUGGCGAUUGAGAGAUCCCUACAAGAUUCUGUGAAGAACCAGACAGUCAGAGAUUUCCUCAAGUCGCUCGACGCAAAGUCCCUCGAAACACCUGGGGUCCUCUUAGAGAUCCCAGAGGGCUGGGGGAAAACUCUGCGAGACAUCAGGGCCAAAGGGGAAGACGGCCGUUUCCAAAUAAGUGACGUACACCAGAACGGUGUCUUCCUGGACCAGGAGUACCCGAACUUGCGCAGGUCUCAUUCGACCGGCGAACUCGGCCGGGUCGGCAAGUCUGCCUCCAGGGAAGAGCCGAGGUACCACCUGGAUUCGGACCACUCUUCACAACACGACGACCGGCCUGAAGAGCUGAGGAGAGGUUCGAGGGUCAAAGCGUCCCCGGAGCAGAGCAGCCUCGACGAACCAUCAGAAUCAUUGGGACUAAGGAAACUAUGUUCUAUCGGAAAACGGCCAGCUCUUGAAGGCUGUCUAUCACUGUCCCGUGAGAAAAUCUCAUCUUUCUCCCUGUCGUCGGAAUCGUCUUCAGUCGAAGGGCAGAAAUUAGAGGCGAUCCGUGAACUCUCCGAUGGCUCGGGGAUCCCGAAAUCGCCGAACCUUUACAUAUCCGGUGUCAGCAUCUGCAGAACACCCGAAGCCAGGUCUCCAGGUGGCAAAGGACGGUCUUCGAGCUUGACUGACCCGGAAGAGGAGGCCGGCGAGAUAUUCAAGUUCACCAAGUCAACUACGGAAGGCGCUCUCAGCUCCAUCCUUCACAUCCAGGAGCGCAACCUGAGCUCGGACGACUUCCACGAAGCUCUGUUCCUUUGGGAAAGGCGACGAGAAGAAGAGGGCAAGAGAAAAAGGGCGAAAUUGAGACGCGAGAGAGCCAAAGAAGGUCCAAAGGUCGUACCAGAGGCCUCUAGUGUCCUCUAAAAACGGAACCAAAAUUUAAACAAAAAAAUAAGGCCUAAAACAACCGUUAUCAGAGUGUUUAAGUAAAGAAAACGAUAUAAUUUUGGAAUUCGAUAAGUUUUAAAAGACGACCAACUUGUAGUGAUGGAACAUGAAAAUAACUGCCUAACAAGCGACCAAACAGUUCGCUUAUUGAAAAAUCUUUUCGUAAUCGAAAAUUGUAAAUUUAAAAAAAAUCCAAACCCCUUUCCAACUAUACGAAUUUCUUCUCCCCACCCAGUACCAAGUUUCGACUUAGAAUUUGAUGUCUUUCUUAUAAUUGUGAUAACAGUUAUCUACCAGAUAAAAUCUAAUAUUCAAAUGAAAAUAUAGCAAAAAAAAAAGAAAAGAAACCGAUAAUAAUAUCAUUUGUGCGUAUUGUAAAUA